CUGAUACUGACUUCAUUUUUAUCACUGUGGAAACGGCAGGGCCUCAGAAAGGAACUCUUGAAGAGACAAAUGAAAAAGAAGAUGGCUCUCCAGACUCUGGAAGAGGCAAAAAAGAGGGAUGAUACUUCUCCAGAUGCCAGGAGGUCAGAAUGCCAACUCACAGCCCCGUGGAACUUGGCAGGUUUGACUGUCACUAAUCUGGACACCCAGGUCCCGAAAAUCAACUUAAAGCUGAAAGGGAAACGAAAGCAAUCUGGGGCUUCCGACCAGCUCCUGUGCGUGAAGAUUCCAGAGGGAGACCUGGGCCAGAAAUACAGCCAGCUCUUCUGGGGUCUCCCGUCUCUGCACAGCGAGUCCAUCGUGGCUACUCUCCUGGUCCCCGUGAGCAGCUACUCGCCAGAGCCUUGCUUUGUGUUGUUCAAUGGGGUCUGUAGAGCUGCGACAGCUCCAGUCCUGAGUAGUCAUGGCCUUCCAGCCCUUCCCCAGCCCCAUGCCUUGCCUCUCACCCUCGUCCAUCCUCAACCUUUCCCUAAGGUAGGUCCCCAGCCACAGACUCUUACUGAGGGAAAGUCUCAGGCCCACAUGCAAUCUCCACUGUCCACCAUGGCAUUGCCAUCUUUACCCUGUGGAAGUGCUCUCCAGAUACCACAGACCAGGACCGUCUCGGACGUCUUAAACGGGAAAGAACAUUUGCAAUACCACUUGCUGCAGAAUCCUCAAAAUCGUUUGUGGAGUUUGACCCCUGAAUGCCAGCGAUAUGAAAGUGCCUUUGGUCUUCCAGUUCCCACCUUUCCCUUGGGCAGCCAACCUUCACAGAGCUAUGUUUCCAUCCCCGGGUCUGGCCUUUUUCAUUUGAGCAGUGAACAUCAGAACAACCUGGAACCCUAUGGAACAAAUAACCUAAUCUCUCCCUGGUGCUUCGCGCCGUGCAAUAGGACAGGAGUGCCAGAAAUGAUGGACACUCAGUUCAAACCAACAGGAGCAUCUUCCCACUGCUACAAAUACGUUAAGCCUCAAUGCUGUAUACACUGGGGCAGCAUCUGCGCCGACCCCAGGACUGGACUAAGUCACUCGGAAAGUUAUUGUGAGAAGGUCCCCAUGAAGCCACAGCUAAGAAAGGAUGUAGCCAAGAACCUUGGCCAAAUCCUAGGGAAAUGCCCAUUAGACAACCCACAAAUGCUCUCAGGAUGUUAUAUACUGAAUGGUUUGAAGGCUAUCCCUGAGACAGAGAGGGGAUGGGCAUGUCACUCAAGGACUGGCUUGGAAAAUGGACAGUUCAGCAUCUCAAGGAAGAACUUGGACCAGAGACACACGAGAAGCAUUCUGAGGUUACACAUGAGCAGAAAGUACUGGCAGAUCACAAUGGGCCGGAUUCCAAUCGAGGUGUGUUGUUCGUGGCUCGCUGAAGAUGCAUCUCUCUGGAGCUCACUCCUGGGGAAGAUCCACUGCAAUACUGCUAUUCCAGAAAUACCUUUUCUUGAUCACAAGACCCAGAAGAUGCUGGAAGCCCAUCUGAUAAGGUUCCGGGUGAGUCAGCAAUGGGGCCUCCCCAUCAAGGUUCUUGAAUCCAUAAAAUUCUAUAUUUUGAGAGAAGCAAAAACAUGGCCCCUUUCUCAGUCUAAUCUCCCCUUAUGGUUAAACAGUAUUCCUGGGCUGGAUUUGAAAAGUAACUUUCUCAGUCCCCUCAGGGGAAGCUCCGACCUUCUCCAUGGAGACAAAUUAGAAACCACAGACUCAGCCCCCACCACAGAUUACUCUCUCACCUUCUCAUGUGUAGAUAGUGAAGGAGAGGGGUCCCUGAGACCAUCAGUCUCUAAGCCUGCCUCUGAGGUUACAGAUUCGGUCCCGACAGUUGAUGACAGGCCCAGCAACCCGGACCUAAGUCAGAAUGAGGCCAUACUACAAAGCAGACCCAGACAAGAGCAGCCCAUAAAGGAAGAAGUGGCUAGGUCUGAAACAGAGAAUGAAAUAGCAAGUUCUUCUGAACUAGUAACCGAUAUAAGCAAACAGAGUGUAGAAAAGCAUCCAAAAUACAUGAUGGCACCCAACAUGCUCAAAGAGAUACUCAAGGCCCGGGAGGUAAGUGUUGUUCUGUCAGGGACUGAUUCUAGCAUCGAGUCAGAAAGCUCCACAGAGAAAAACGAACCUGAGUAUAGGUCAAGCUCUACAGUGGCCACAGGGCAGAACCCAUCAAGGAGGUCAGUUCCUGAAGAGCCGACAGUAUUGGACUUUAAGAAACAACUGUUUAAGAAACUAAGCUCAAAGCUGGAGUAUCAGCCACAAAGUCAGUCUGAAGCUGAAGGCUGGGAGAGCGAGUCAUCCUCAGAAAGCUUCUCCGGCUACUCGCCCUCUUCUUCCAACAGCAUGUCUAGUGCAGACGUCUCCAUUUUCAGGGGUGUGCAAAGCGACACGUAUAGCACAGGAAUCAGUGUGGAUUCAUGGCAGGAGCCCAGGAUCUUCAAACGUAUCUUAAAAAAUUUCACAUCAGCUGAGAAGAGGCUGGCGUUGCCAGUAUCCAGGAAAGAAAACGGUAGAAGCGACCCUCAGGAAUUAGAGUCAUCCAAAGCAGGAAAGAAGAGCCAACCUAUUAAGGAGAAAUCAGCCAAGAAGGAACAUCCCCCUGACGGUUACUUCAGAAAAAAGAUAGGACAACUUUUUCAGUGGGUUUAUUCCAGUAAAGACAGCACAAGACACAGAUCGGAGAAAGACACGGCUCUGUUUAUGAGCUGCGGGCCUCCGGAAGCCCACGAGCUCAUGGCGUCCCUUGGGAAACUCCUGGAAGAUAAGCUGUUGUAUGGGCAGAAAUCUGGGUUCUUGGAGUGGAGCCAGAAGACCCUGCCUGCUCAGCCAGAGCUCAAGGGACAACCUCCCAACCUUGGAGCGGCUGAUGCCCAUCAUGGAGAAGCAGCAAGUAGCUGCUUCUGUCCCCAGACAGCCGUCACCCCUAGGCCAGGUCAUAUGCUGAGUCUUGGACAGAAUCAUCAACAUGUAUCUUUUGAGCACUCUUCCUCAGCUCCAGAGAGCCUCAGUUCUGUUCAAGCUCCACUGGCAUGA